AUGGCUACCACCAAAGCCAUCCUGAGUUACCCAUGGCGCAGUUCCAAAAACUCCAAAUCCAAUGAGACAAAUAUAUGUCCAAAAUUGAACAAAACCUCUCAAUUGAGCGAAGCAGUUGCAGCAGUUGCAAAAAAUGAACUCAGAGAAGACAAAUCGAGCAGGGAGCAGAGUUUGCAGCAGCUGAAGGAAUGGAUUGCCAAAAACAGGGACAUUGAAGAUUGCAGGACUGAUGAUUUGUUUCUUCUGCGUUUUCUUCGUGUUAAAAAAUUUAGUGUCCCGAUGGCGCAACAGAUGCUUUUGAAAUAUUUGAAUCUAAGGAAGACUUUUCCUCAUUUUGCCUUGAAACUAGACUUUUUGUCUCCGACUGUUCAAGAAAUUAUUGAUGCCGGAUAUAUAUUCCCGUCUCCAAUCAAGGAUAAACAUGGACGUCGAGUUGUAUUCUACAUUGCUUCAAAUUUUGAUCCAUACAAGUAUAGCAAUGCUGAUCAAGCCCGAGUACACUUCAUAACUUAUGAAACAUUAUUGGAAGAUCAGGAGAACCAGGUUAUGGGCCUGACACAUGCUGGUGAUCUUAAAGGAGCUCAGGCUGCCCACGUUUCCUUGUGGACAGUUUCAGAAUUUGCACGAAUUGUUAAAUGGGGAGAGCAUUCUAUACCAAUGCGUCACAAGCAAGUCCAUGUGUUGAACAUGCCUUCGGCAAUACGAUAUGUCUAUGAGUUUUCAAAGACCAGGAUAAGUGCCAAAAUAAAGGAUCGUAUUAUGAUUCAUCAAGAUUUGAAUGCCAUGCACGAGCACUUAGAUAAAGCCUGUCUUCCAGCCGAAUAUGGAGGAACCAUCCCAAUUCGCGAAAUGGUGCAACUUUGGAAAAAAGAACUUACAGACAAACGUAAUGUUCUUCUUGCUCUCGACUGCAUGAAAUUACACAGCGAUAGUGGUAUCAUAACCAGCAAAAAUCCUGGCCAAGACUGUAAUAAUAAUAAUACAAAAGUUGCUGCAACAGAAUCCAUAACUGGAAGUUUCCGAAAACUGGAGAUCGAUUAG